GGCGCAUGAUCGCCUGCUGGUUUGACGAGCGCCUUCUCAUUGGUCGACGACGCGCACGUCAUGACGCACGUAGACGCUUCCUGAACUUGACUAGCAGCAACAGAAUAACAGAAGAUGUUGGUCCUGGUGUUAGGUGACCUGCACAUCCCCCACCGAUGCAACACGCUGCCAGCCAAGUUCAAGAAGCUGUUGGUCCCCGGGAAGAUCCAGCACAUCCUCUGCACGGGGAACCUCUGCACCAAGGAGAGCUAUGACUACCUGAAGACCCUUGCUGGAGACGUCCACAUAGUCAGAGGAGACUUUGACGAGAACCUGAACUACCCAGAGCAGAAGGUGGUGACGGUGGGCCAGUUUAAGAUCGGUCUGAUCCACGGCCACCAGGUGAUCCCCUGGGGCGACAUGGCCAGCCUGGCGCUGCUGCAGAGGCAGCUGGACGUCGACAUCCUCAUCUCGGGACACACACACAAGUUUGAGGCCUUCGAGAAUGAAAACAAGUUCUACAUCAACCCCGGCUCGGCCACUGGAGCUUACAACGCACUGGAGAGCAACAUCAUCCCCUCUUUUGUAUUAAUGGACAUCCAGGCAUCGACGGUGGUGACGUACGUGUACCAGCUGAUCGGUGACGAUGUCAAAGUUGAGAGAAUCGAGUACAAGAAAUCUUAAAGAGGCAGAGGACGGCGGCGAGGAGGGGGGGCAGUCCUCCUUCACUAUAGUUUCAUUCCUUUUCCACCACGGGCCGCAGCCCCGUCACCACAACAAGGUUAAUGCUGUAACGAGCUGUCUGCUAACUUAACUCUAAAAAAAGAAAUAUGUAUUAUAUCGUUUGUAUGUUAUCAGCGUUCGCUUGUGUCCGAGCUUCUCAUUUCGGUAACUGUAGAGAAUGAAAUGAUGUCACAUGUAUUUGUAAUCAAAAGAAUUAUUUGGUGCCAUUUUGUUUUUUUUUUUUAUUUUAUUUUAUUUUUCCCCCUUUACCACAUCCCGGACAUGUAACCCACAGGCCUUUAGUUUCCUGUAGUCGACCCUCUUUCAGUCCCACAAUAAAGAUCUAAUUUGACUCUA